AUGCCCCGCCACCGCCCCACGGCUUCCGGUGCUGCGCAGUUUCCGGAGCGGAUCGCAACCCGGAGUCCGGAUCCGAGCCCGCUCUGCACAUUCCACAGGCAGGUGUCAGAAAUGGCUGAGGACGGGAGUGAGGAGAUCAUGUUCAUCUGGUGUGAGGAUUGCAGCCAGUACCAUGACUCCGAAUGUCCUGAGCUGGGCCCCGUGGUCAUGGUCAAAGACUCCUUUGUGUUAAGCAGGGCACGAUCAUCUCUCCCUUCCAACCUGGAGAUCAGGCGACUGGAAGACGGAGCCGAAGGAGUGUUUGCUGUGACCCAGCUCGUCAAGAGAACACAGUUUGGUCCGUUUGAGUCGAGGAGAGUGGCCAAAUGGGAGAAGGAAUCUGCGUUCCCACUGAAGGUGUUCCAGAAGGAUGGGCAUCCCGUGUGCUUCGACACCUCCAACGAGGACGACUGCAACUGGAUGAUGCUGGUGCGGCCGGCAGUGGGGCCCGAGCACCAGAACCUGACGGCCUACCAGCACGGCAACGACGUGUACUUCACCACCUCAAGGGACAUCCCCCCGGGCGCCGAGCUGCGUGUGUGGUACGCCGCCUUCUACGCCAAGAAGAUGGACAAGCCCAUGCUGAAGCAGGCCUGCUCCGGAGCCCACGCUGCAGGCACGCCAGAAAGCAGCGCCGCGGUGGAGUCUGAGCCCAGCCCGUGGGUAUGUAAAGUGUGUUCCGCCACCUUCCUGGAGCUGCAGCUUCUGAAUGAGCAUCUGUUGGGUCACUUGGAACAAGCCAAAAGCCUUCCCCCAGCCAGCCAGCAUGAAGCAGCUCCUGAGAAGGAACCAGAUGUGCCCCGGGGGGAGCCUCCUGCAGUUCCCAAGAGUGUCAGUGCCACCAAAGAGCAGAAGAAAAAGCCUCGAAGGGGGAGAAAACCCAAAGCAUCAAAACCUGAGCAGCCACUAGACAUCAUAGAAGGCAAGGAGCCAGCAGAGCCAGUGGCAGAGAUCAUUACCGAGGUCCCGCCGGAUGAGCCCGUGGCCGCAGCACCGGACGAGCGCAUCAUGGAGCUGGUUCUGGGGAAGCUGACCACCAGCACCGGUGACGCCAGUUCAGUGCCAAAGUUCCCGCAUCAUCAGAGCACCACCAUUGCCCUCAAGAGGAGCCUAAUUCUGUCGAGCCGGCACGGCGUCCGGAGGAAGCUCGUCAGACAGCUGGGGGAGCACAGACGGGUCUAUCAGUGCGGUAUCUGCAGCAAGAUCUUCCAGAACAGCAGCAACCUGAGCAGGCAUGUGCGCUCGCACGGCGACAAGCUAUUUAAAUGUGAGGAAUGUGCCAAGUUGUUCAGCCGCAAGGAGAGUCUGAAGCAGCACGUGUCCUACAAGCACAGCAGGAACGAGGUGGACGGCGAGUACAGGUACCGGUGCGGCACUUGUGAGAAGACUUUCCGCAUCGAGAGCGCCCUGGAAUUCCACAACUGCAGGACAGAUGACAAGACGUUCCAAUGUGAGAUGUGUUUCAGAUUCUUCUCCACCAACAGUAACCUUUCCAAGCACAAGAAGAAGCACGGGGACAAGAAGUUUGCUUGUGAGGUCUGCAACAAAAUGUUCUACCGCAAGGACGUCAUGCUCGACCACCAGAGGAGGCACCUGGAAGGAGUGCGGCGGGUCAAGAGAGAAGACCUGGACACCGGCGGUGAGAACCUGGUCCGCUAUAAGAAGGAGCCCUCGGGAUGCCCCGUGUGUGGCAAGGUGUUCUCCUGCAGAAGCAACAUGAACAAGCACCUGCUGACCCAUGGCGACAAGAAGUACACCUGCGAGAUCUGCGGCCGCAAGUUCUUCCGUGUGGACGUGCUCAGGGACCACAUCCACGUCCACUUCAAGGACAUCGCGCUGAUGGACGACCACCAGAGGGAGGAGUUUAUCGGCAAGAUCGGCAUCUCCUCGGAAGAGAACGACGACAACUCAGAUACGAGCGCGGACUCGGAGCCUCACAAAUACAGCUGCAAACGGUGCCAGCUCACCUUCGGCCGGGGCAAGGAGUACCUGAAGCACAUCAUGGAGGUGCACAAGGAGAAGGGCUACGGCUGUAGCAUCUGCAACCGGCGCUUCGCCCUGAAGGCCACCUACCAUGCGCACAUGGUCAUCCACCGCGAGAACCUGCCGGAUCCCAAUGUGCAGAAGUACAUCCACCCGUGCGAGAUCUGCGGCCGCAUCUUCAACAGCAUCGGGAACUUGGAGCGGCACAAGCUCAUCCACACAGGUGUGAAGAGCCACGCCUGCGAGCAGUGUGGGAAAUCCUUCGCCCGGAAGGAUAUGCUGAAGGAGCACAUGCGCGUGCACGACAACAUCCGGGAGUACCUGUGUGCCGAGUGCGGGAAAGGCAUGAAGACCAAGCACGCGCUGCGUCACCACAUGAAGCUACACAAGGGCAUCAAGGAGUACGAGUGCAAAGAGUGCCACCGCAAGUUCGCGCAGAAGGUCAACAUGCUCAAGCACUACAAGCGGCACACGGGGAUUAAAGAUUUCAUGUGUGAGCUGUGCGGGAAGACCUUCAGCGAGAGGAACACGAUGGAGACCCACAAGCUCAUCCACACAGUGGGCAAGCAGUGGACGUGCUCCGUGUGCGACAAGAAGUACGUCACCGAGUACAUGCUGCAGAAGCACGUGCAGCUCACCCAUGACAAGGUGGAAGCGCAGAGCUGUCAGCUGUGCGGGACCAAGGUGUCCACCAGGGCCUCCAUGAGCAGACACAUACGGCGCAAGCACCCGGAGGUCCUGGCUGUGAGGAUUGAUGACCUGGACCACCUCCCAGAGACCACCACCAUCGAUGCCUCCUCCAUUGGCAUCGUCCAGCCUGAACUGAGUCUGAAGCAGGAAGAUCUGGCCGAGGGGAAGCACGUGAAAGCUGCCAGGAGGGCCCACAAGAGGAAGCAGAAGCCGGAGGUGGAGGCAGCGGGAGCCCCGGGGCCAGAGGAGGCCACCUUCAGCGAGUACUCGGAGAAGGAGCCCGUGCUGUCAGGCGUGGGGGACGAAACCGACUCCGCGGUGCAGAGCAUCCAACAGGUGGUAGUGACCCUGGGUGACCCAAAUGUGACCACUCCAUCGAGCUCAGUGGGCCUGACCAACAUCACCGUGACCCCUAUCACCACCGCCGCUGGGACUCAGUUUACCAAUCUCCAGCCAGUGGCUGUUGGGCACCUAACCACCCCGGAGCGCCAGCUGCAGCUGGACAACUCCAUCCUGACCGUGACCUUUGACACCGUCAGCGGCUCUGCCAUGUUGCACAACCGCCAGAACGACAUCCAGAUCCACCCCCAGCCAGAAGCCUCAAACCCGCAGUCCGUGGCCCACUUCAUCAAUCUGACCACGCUGGUCAACUCUAUCACGCCCCUGGGGAACCAGCUUGGCGACCAGCACCCACUCACAUGGCGUGCGGUGCCGCAGACAGACGUCCUGCCGCCCCCCCCGCCGCAGGCGCCCCCCCCGCCGCAGGUGCCCCCGCCGCAGGUGCAGGCCGAGCCCCAGCAGCAGAUGUACAGCUACUGA